AUGAGAGAAAUUCUCGCCGGGUUCAUCCGAGUCUUGACCGACUUCCGCAUUUUCUGGACGUUUUUGGCACUUUUCCUAUCGAUUUUCGCGUUUUUCGACGUAUUUUGGAGUCCAGAUUUCUGGAAACAGUCAGCUGGAAUAAUGCAAAAAUCUGGAAUUUUCAGACAUUUUUUCAAAUCGAGACUCGCACCGAUCCAACAGUUGAGCGAUCUCUACAUCGACGGUGAAGAUGAGACGCCGCCGAGUCUGUCGUCGGACACAAGACCCGCGCCUCAUUGGUUGGAUGGACCACGCGACGCUACAGUACUCCCAGAUAUCAUUGCGUCUACUUAUAGUGAUUACACCGAUGAGGCUGACUACGCAAUGAAACAGAUGCUCGCCGUGCUGGAGACACUGACGCCGACUGAGGAGACGAUGGAGCUGUUUGAGAGCUCGUUGAAAGCCAUCGCGUUUCGAUUACCGUUCGAUUUGAUUCUAAACGAGGAUAAUAAAACACCCAACUGGAACGCCAUCCGCCAGAAGCUCCUCUCCGACAGUACCCGGAUGCUGCCAGUGGAUUCCGACACCGAACGUCCCGGAUUGUCAAAUGUCCAGAUGUCCGCAGUGUUCGACGCGAUACCGUUUCUUUUCGAUGCGGUUGCGUGCAAUCACGAGUUGGAGAGAUUUCAGAAUGUGCUCUCGAUGAUUGUGCUCAUUGCGAUGACUGGAAAUUCGUUGUCAAAAUUCUAUAGAAAACUAAUGUUGUAG